AAAUGACAGUUGUAGGUAUGUCGAAGAAGUGUUCUUAUCAUAAUUUCUCAUGAAAUAUCCCUCAAAAAGUAUUAUUAAAUUUGGGGGGAACACCCUGUAAUAUAAGAAAAUAAGUGGAGUCAAGCCCUUUAUUAGUAGAAUAAUUCCACAAAAGAACAUUUAUAACUCGAAUAAACGUAUCAGUCAUGAAUUUUCUCGCAGCAAGUAUUGUUGUUUUAUUUCCGGCGGCGUUUGCAUUGGAAUUUCUAGCAGUAGAAGCUGAAUUUAAUUCAAAGUUUGUGAAAUUCAUUGAAACUAUCAACAAUGUCGAGCGGUUUGACAGUAUAUUCCUUCUAAGAACAUCAAAGGACCAAUAUUAUGAUGACAUAUUCAUAAGGAACUUUUCAAUUUCACUUGGUAUUCCAGUGAUUUUGGCAACUGAAGUAUCUUCAUUUCAUUUAAAAAGAAAAUUCAAUGCAAACCUGCUUACAAUUGUUCAAUUUGAAGAAAAUGAUUUCUAUCUUCAGCGACUUUUGGAAUUUCUUCAGCUAAUUCGAUUUUGUAAGAUAAUUUUUCUACUCAAGCAUUCAACAAGAAAUGUUACAGAACUGAAGAGUGUUUUCGAUUUCUGCUUUAAAAACCGAAUGAUAAAUGUUCUUGCAGUUUUUCAAGAUUUCGAAACUUCUUCGGCUUAUUACAGUUUUAACAAUUUUGGUGAAUUUCAAAUUGAAGAAUUCUUAUGGAACGAAAAAGAUUCAAAUAUUUAUCGAGACAAAAUGCAUGACCUUCGAGGAGCUCCAUUUCCAGUUGUAUUUGGAGGAAAAGAGCCAGGAGUUAUUAUUUCCAAAAAUGAAAAUGGUGACACUGUAAUUGGUGGAUAUGUUGGGAAUACUUUCAAGGCUUUUGCAAAACGGCACAAUGCCAGUUUAAACAAUUCAAGUGUAAGAUCUUCAUUAACAGAAUACGAUUUACAUAAACUUGUUUUAAAUGGAACAACAGAAAUAUCAGGUGGUGGACUUAUUUUCCUAGAAAAUUCAUUCGAAUGGUAUACUUAUCCUUAUACACUUUUUGAUUGGGGUGUAAUGCUGCCUGUGGAACCUAAUAUUCCCAUUUAUAAAGUGUUUGUGUAUGUUUUUGAUUGGAAAGCUUUCGGAAUUGUUAUCGUUCUAUUGAUAUUACUAUCUGUUUCACUUGAGGCAACUGCUUAUUUCCUAGGACCUCAUCGAUUUUUCUUCAAACGCAAAUUAAUUUGCAACAUUGAUUGUUUACGUGGUCUGCUAGGACAAUCGUUUUCUCAAACACCAACAGCUUCGAUUUCAGCAAAAAUUCUCUAUUCACUGAUAUUUUUAUUGGGAAUCAUGAUAGUAACUUCGUACGAUGCAUUUCUUCAGUCUUUUAUGACUCAACCACCAAGUGAAAAAGUUAUAAGAUCCUUUGAAGACCUUCAAAAGUCUGAUUUGAAAAUUCUUACAUUUCAACCAGAUAUGGAUGAGUUAUUGAUCAAAUUGAGGCCCAAAUUCAUGAAAAAGUAUUCGAAUGUAUUUCUUGGUGAAACUAGUAUGGAAGCAUUUUAUAAUCGUCGAGAUUCAUUUGAUACAAAAUAUGCCUACACAGUUACCGAAAUGAAAUGGUAUGUUUAUGAAUAUCAACAAAAAUUUCUUGGUCAAAAACUAUUUCGACGAUCUGAAGAAUUGGUACUGGUGAAAAAUGUGCUAGCUGCAAUUUCGAUAAAUGAAAAUUCAAUUUAUAAGCAAAUUUUGAAUUUUCAUAUUUUGGAAACACAAUCAAGUGGAUUAAUGGAUUAUUGGAUAAAGGGGGAAUUUUAUGAGCUAAUUAAAAUUGGAAAAAUUAAAAAAAUACAUUUUGAAUUUGAUGAGGAGGUGGAACCGUUGAAAGUUGAAGAUUUGAAGUGGGUGUGGAUAUUGAUGGGAUUUGCAUUGAUGGUUGCUUUUUUGUGCUUUGUUGGAGAAAUUUUUGUAUUCAAAUGGUUAUUAUGGAAUAAGAAUAUCAGCAGAAUCAGCAACAACAACAACAACAACAAUAACAACUUAUUCAGUGUGCGUUGCACAAAACAUCGAAAUGAUUUCCAAUUACCUCACACAUAA